AUGGCGACGGACGAAGCCCUAAGCGACACUCUCCGUAAAGUCCAAAUACAUAACGCACCCGCAACCGAGACAGAGUCUAACCCAUGGCAAGAAUCCUCUCCCACAACACAAAUCAGCAAAGGGCGCAUCGAUCCGGACAUAUCGCAACUAGAUGCCGACGCUACUCAGGGCCUCGCAGCUGCACCCGCGACGGAGAGCGCGGAGCGGCCGCCCGUGAAGCAGGAGGUCUUGCUCGAGUUUGAUCCGUUGGCAAAUGCGGAGGAGAAGGCGGCUCAGCAGGCAUGGGUGGAUGCUGAAGGACAUCCACUACCGCCACCUGUUCCCGCCAAGGAACUAGUGAGUCCAAUGCCGCAGACUCCUUCCACGCCAAAUCGUCCAUCCUCCCCCAUACCCGCGUUCCCCGCCCUUGCUGCGCUCGCGCGAACGUUUGCUCUUCCCUUGACCCGCGGCCAGCGACCACGCUCUCUGGACUCGGCGGCUGCAGUGCCCUCGCCAGCAACGAUAUCAUCUUUCGCGCAACAGCAAUCUACACAGGACGCACGUGCGAUCCAAGAUGCUCCGAGUUCAAGUAGUGGCCCCGUGGCUAGCGGCAGCGGACGCAGCUCACCUGGGAAAGGGAAGGAGCAGGAUCCACCACAGUUCGACUUCCAGAGGUUCCUAGACCAGAUGAAGAUGAAGGGGGCUGAGCCUGUCGCCAAGUACCUCCGGUCGUUCUUGAGCAAUUUCGCGAAACGGACAUUCACCGUCAACGACCAAGUCAAGCUGAUCAACGACUUCCUGAAUUUCAUCUCGCUCCGGAUGCGCGAAUGCGAAGUGUGGAGGAACGCGUCAGACGCCGAAUUCGACAAUGCGAUGGAGGGCAUGGAGAAGCUGGUCAUGAACAGGCUAUAUGAAUUCACUUUCACACCACAAGUUGCCCGCGCCGUUCCGCCACGUCCGGUCACCACAGAUGACCUCGAGCGAGAUCGCGUAUUGGAGCAACGCAUCGCAUUGUUUGGAUGGCUAGAGGCUAAGCACUUGGAUGUUCCGGAGGGAGAGGGUAGCGAGGGGUUCCUCAUGUUCGCUCAGCAAGAGCUACUGAAGAUCAACCACUACAAGGCGCCUCGCGACAAGCUUAUCUGCAUACUGAACUGCUGCAAGGUCAUCUUCGGAUUGAUCCGUCAUCUACACAAGGACGAGAGCGCAGACAGUUUCAUCCCCAUUUUGAUCUACGUGGUGAUCAAGGCGAACCCUCCACAUCUGCUCUCCAACGUCGAGUUUAUCAAUAGGUUCCGAAAUCCAACAAAGCUACAGAGCGAGGCAGGCUACUACCUCUCCAGCUUGAUGGGUGCUGUAUCGUUCAUAGAGACUAUGGACCAUACAUCGCUAUCUAACAUCACUCAGGAGGAAUUUGAGAAGAAUGUCGAGGAAGCUAUCCAAUCACUUCCCAGUACAGGCUCUCAGACCCCUGAACGCGGCUUUACACCAGGACCCGGAUCUGGAAUCAGCACCCCUCCCGUCGCAACUAGCGCAUCCAGUGCGCACGCUGGCGAGGAGUCGGCACAACCUCUCUCCCUUCCAACACCCGCGCAGACCCUCAGCGAAGACGCGCGUCGAUUCCUUCAGAAGACAGGCGACACAAUAUCCAAACCGCUCAGCGCCAUCAGUCGAAUAUUCAACGAGGUCCUCGACGGCGCGGAAGACACUCUGUCUUACCUUCCCGGGCCGUUCGCCCCGCUUGAGCUCGGCCGCGAACAGCAGCAACAGCAGCUGUACGAACAGGACGGGCACUCGGCGUAUCCUCAGAACUAUCCGCAGACUCCAGUUGGGCCAGGCGGGCAGGUCGAGUACCAAUCUAUACAGACCCCGUACAAGCCUCGCGUACGUCGAGGCUCGCCGCAGCCCAGCAUCCAUUCCGCCUCGUCCGCACAGUUCCCGUACAUCCCACAGCCACCCGAAGAGACCCCGUCCCGCUAUCGCGCGCAGAGCCUCGGACCGUACACCAACCAACCACUCGCGAUCGGGCCAUCGCAGGCGCCCCCCCACGCGACAACGACCGGUCUGCUCCAGCCGCCGCGCGUGCAGGCGUUGCAGGCGGGCAGCCCUCCGCACGUUUCCCGGACACCUUCGCCGAACUUGGACUUGGCGGGACUGCAGGAGGAGAUCGACCGGGCGCACGAGAAGGCGGCGGUGGCGGCGAAGGAGACGCUGCGGCAGAUCUUCCCUACGACGGAUAUCGAGGUCGUGGAGUGGGUGUUGGAGGCGAAUGAGGGCGACUUGGGGAGGAGCAUCGAGGCGCUGUUGGAGAUGAGUAGUGGGGGUUAGUCUGUGAUUCUGACUGGGACCUGGCCUUGAAUGGAUGGAAGGAUGUGUGUCAGAUCAGUGCAUAUUGUGAGACCGAAAGUGUAGGAAUGAAUAUGGUGGUUUGUUCAAUGGCUGGAAUUAGAUGAUAGCGUCUGACACAGGAAUAUGAGGAGAAGAACGCCGUUCAAGAGACGUUUAAGGACUUGUUCCAGCUCUAGAGUCUGAUUGUCAGUACGUAUAACGUAGAGGUCAGGAGUCUUCUGAGAAGCCUAAGUCGCGUGCUGCGGUAGCGCGUGUAACACACGAGGACUCUUCCAGCCUGCAUUCCCUUCUUCGCACUCAACGACCGUGCUUCAGGACACUCCUACGUCCGCUCACAG